AAAAUUCAGGCUGAAUCUACCCAAGACUCAGAACAACUACAGGAAAGAAAAGACAACCAAUCAAAACCCUCAGACACAUCCAUUCAACCAUGGAGUGAAGACGAAAUCCGGAGUUUCCUGCAAGAGUGGGAGUUUCUUCAAUGGCAACACCGUGUGAUGAGGAAGAGGAGCUCCAUUGUGUCAAGGGCAAUUGCUCAGCGUCUCAAGCACAAAGGCAUAAAGAAAACAUGGCAGGAAUGUCUCUCGAUGCUGGUCAGUCUCAAAGACUUAUACUGGACUGUUUGUGAGGCCAAUAAGAAGCCCAGGAGCAAGCCGCUGCCGUGCCCCUUCGGAGACAUCCUGCACAGGAUUCUGGGAUCGAGAUGGGAGGACAACUUCUCAGAUCCUGCCUGCGUAGUUGCUGCUGACCUCCCACCUCCACAGUACCAGCUCUGCACCUUCCAGGUUCCCUUGCAGCAACUGCCAUGGGCUCCUCCACCUGCAUUCUACAUGGGUUACCCUCAGGCACCCAGCUACUACACCUGGGACAUGAAUGCCUUGUAUACGUGGCCAGCACCAUGCCCAUAUCCUGUAUUUCUUCAGGGAGAUGCCAGACCACAGCAAGAGUAGUCAUGUCAGGAUUAAUCUGGCAACAAGAAGAUCCUUAACAGAGAAGUGAUCUACACUGUGGACAUCAUCCACACUUCAGGAUGAACCACUUUGUCG